AACAAAUACACAAACAUAUAAAAAGAGCUUCCAUAUACAGUGCGCAAGUGUUAGAAUAUUUUCACAAAACAGAGAUCUGAGCUAAAUGGAUCAUGAUCGUAUGCUAAACUUGAUUCCAUACGGAUUACAAGAAGUAGCAGAGGAAGAAGAAAUCGAAGAAUAUGAUGAUAACGAGAGCGUGAUUUUGUCAUCUGCGCCGGAAAAUGAGACAUCGGAGUGUUCUUCGUCGUCUCCGGCGACGUAUCCUCCGAUCCCUCCUCAGCCUAAAACUCCAAGAGAGCCGAUGGAGUUUCUAUGCAGAUCAUGGAGCAUUUCCACGUCUGAAAUCUCUUUAGCUUUAUCCUCGCAGAAGUCUAAUAAACAACUCAACAAAAACCCUAAUUUAUCUCAAUUGGCCGUCAUCACUUCGCCGGCUCCGGCACCACUACCACCACCACCACCGCUACUCACGGGAAAGCUAGCGAGUGUGGUUCACGCGCGGAGAGCGGGAACGAUCGGAAAAUGGUUCCGCCACCGAGAAUUUGUCGGCGGUAGGGUCUCCGGCGUAAGGAAAAAAGACAAAGCUCGCGUGGAGAACGCUCAUCUUCAUACCGCCGUCUCCAUUGCGUCUCUUGCGACGGCCAUCGCCGCCGUGACCGCUUCGAGCAACAAAGACGGCUUCAGUGAAUCAAAAAUGAGCUCAGCGCUGGCAUCGGCAUCGGAGCUCUUAGCUUCUCACUGCCUCGAAUUGGCGGAAAUCUCCGGCGCCGGCCACGAUCGCGUCGUCUCUGCUGUCCGAUCCGCCGUCGAUGUUCGUGGUCCGGGCGAUUUGUUGACUCUAACGGCUGCUGCUGCAACUGCAGUGAGAGGAGAAGCAGCAUUAAGGGCAAGACUACCAAAGGAAGCUAAGAACAAUGCAGCUAUUAGCCCUUGCGAAAGAGCUUUACCAGAAACUCAUGAUUGCUCUUCUGAGCUGGAUUGCGCCAGCACAACCUCCACUGAUGAACAUAUAAUAUCUGCACAGAGCGUCGAGGAAUCAGAUUUGGCUUGUAAUGGAGAGCUAAUGCAGUGCACACGAAAUGGAGUUCUGCGGUGGAAGCAUAUAAAAGUGUACAUCAACAAGAAAUCUCAGGUCGUAAUAGAAAUCAAAAGCAAACAUGUUAGAGGAGCGUUCUCCAUGAAAAGCAAAGGCAUUGUAAAUGAUGUAUGCGAGACAGUCUCGAGCCUGCAAAAUGGAAAUGAAACGGAAAACGCAGAAGAAGAGCUAUAUUUCGGAAUCAGUACAGGGAAAGGUCUAACAAAGUUCAUGUGCAAGAGCAAGGCCGAUAAGCAGACAUGGGUGGAUAGCAUCCGGAAUCUUCUCCAUCGAGUAACUGCUGUUGAGGUUAUCAACACUUCUCUUGAAACUACAAACAUUGGCGAUACUACCACAUAAGUCCUGUCUUGCGUUAACUGUAUUAGUGUUUAUUUCAAGCACAAUUAUCUGUAAGUAUGCAUAGUGUUUUUUUUUUUUUUUUUUUUCAUCUUCUGUUGUUUUUAUCUCAGUAAGUUGUAAGCAUUUUUUCACUGGAAAUAAUGAAGAAGAUUAUAAUAAGGGUGAUGA